CGGGCGGACGGAUCGAGAGACGGAGGAAACGUUUGAGCCUGAGCGGGGCCGGAGCGAAGGUCUGCUGGUGCUGGGAAGAACAGCCCCAGCCCGGCCCCGCAGGGGGGAGAUGGCGUCCUACGUGGAUAACAGCUUCCGCCAGGCGGUGAUGAAGAACCCAGCCGAAAGGAGCCCCCAGGAUCUGGAAAUAGUGUAUUCCUAUUUACAUGGAAUGGAAGCUUUGUCUAACUUGAGGGAGCAUCAACUUAGAUUAAUGUGUGAAACCGUGAGAUAUGAAAGACAUGAAGCAAAUGAAGUUUUGUACUAUCCCGAUGAUAUUGGUACCUGUUGGUAUAUCCUUCUCUCUGGUUCGGUGUUCAUUAAGGAGUCCAUGUUUCUCCCGAGGAGCAGUUUUGGCAAGCGGUCUGCAGGAAGCUUUAGGCGUGGCUGUGAAUGCAUUGUUUUAGAACCUUCUGAAAUGAUUGUGGUGGACUAUAUGGAUGAAAAUGAAGAAUAUUUUCAGCGCCAAGCUUCUCAUCGACAGUCUAGAAGGAGAUUUAGAAAAAUUAAUCAGAAAGGUGAAAGACAAACAAUUAUUGACACUGUGGAUCCUUAUCCUGUUGGAAAGCCACCUUUACCUAGAGGGUAUCAUACGGAAUGCACUAAAUCUCAGCUUCCGGCAGAUUUCACAAAACUGCACCUUACUGACAGUCUCCACCCACAGGUGACCCACGUUUCCUCCAGUCAUUCAGGAUGUAGCAUCACCAGUGAUUCUGGAAGCAGCAGCCUCUCUGAUAUCUACCAGGCCACAGAAAGUGAGGCUGGUGAUAUGGACUUGAGUGGGCUGCCAGAAACUGCAGUGGAUUCAGAAGAUGAUGAUGAUGAAGAGGACAUCGAGAGGGCCUCAGAUCCUUUGAUGAGCAGGGAUAUUGUUAGAGAUUGUUUGGAGAAAGACCCCAUUGACAGGACGGAUGAUGAUAUUGAACAACUUCUUGAAUUUAUGCAUCAGUUGCCUGCUUUUGCUAACAUGACAAUGUCUGUUAGAAGAGAACUCUGUGCUGUGAUGGUAUUUGCAGUGGUGGAAAGAGCAGGAACCAUAGUGUUAAAUGAUGGAGAAGAGCUGGACUCCUGGUCAGUGAUCCUAAAUGGUUCAGUGGAAGUGACAUAUCCAGAUGGAAGAACAGAGAUUUUAUGUAUGGGGAACAGUUUUGGUGUCUCCCCUACUAUGGACAAGGAAUACAUGAAAGGAGUAAUGAGAACAAAAGUGGAUGACUGCCAGUUUGUCUGCAUAGCCCAGCAGGAUUAUUGCCGCAUUCUCAACCAGGUGGAAAAAAACAUGCAAAAAGUAGAAGAGGAAGGAGAGAUAGUUAUGGUGAAAGAACACCGAGAACUUGACCGUACUGGAACAAGAAAAGGUCACAUUGUCAUCAAGGGCACUUCAGAAAGAUUAACAAUGCACUUGGUUGAAGAACAUUCAGUGGUAGAUCCAACAUUUAUAGAGGAUUUCCUACUGACCUACAGGACCUUUCUAUCCAGCCCAAUGGAAGUGGGGAAAAAGUUAUUGGAGUGGUUCAAUGACCCUAGCCUCAGGGAUAAGGUUACACGGGUAGUGUUGUUGUGGGUGAAUAAUCACUUCAAUGACUUUGAAGGGGAUCCUGCCAUGACUCGAUUUCUAGAGGAAUUUGAAAACAAUUUGGAGAGAGAGAAAAUGGGUGGACAUCUGAGGCUAUUAAAUAUUGCAUGUGCAGCUAAAGCUAAGAGGAGAUUGAUGACACUCACGAAGCCUUCACGGGAAGCUCCUUUACCUUUCAUUUUGCUUGGAGGUUCUGAGAAGGGAUUUGGUAUCUUUGUGGAUAGUGUGGAUUCAGGUAGCAAAGCAACAGAAGCAGGCUUGAAGCGUGGGGACCAGAUUUUAGAGGUAAAUGGUCAAAAUUUUGAAAACAUUCAGCUUGCAAAAGCCAUGGAAAUUCUGAGAAAUAAUACACAUUUAUCUAUCACUGUGAAAACUAACCUAUUUGUGUUUAAAGAACUUUUAACGAGAUUAUCAGAGGAGAAAAGAAAUGGUGCCCCACAUCUCCCUAAGAUCGGAGACAUUAAAAAGGCUAGUCGCUACUCGAUCCCAGAUCUUGCGGUAGACGUGGAACAGGUGAUGGGACUUGAAAAAGUAAAUAAGAAAAGCAAAGCCAACACUGUUGGAGGAAGGAACAAGCUAAAAAAGAUACUUGACAAGACUCGCAUUAGUAUCUUGCCACAGAAACCAUAUAAUGAUAUUGGAAUUGGCCAGUCUCAAGACGACAGCAUUGUAGGAUUAAGGCAGACAAAGCACAUCCCAACGGCAUUACCUGUCAGUGGAACCUUAUCAUCUAGUAAUCCUGAUUUAUUACAGUCACAUCAUCGCAUUUUAGAUUUCAAUACUACUCCAGAUUUACCAGACCAAGUUUUAAGAGUUUUUAAGGCAGACCAGCAGAGCCGCUACAUCAUGAUCAGCAAGGACACAACAGCAAAAGAAGUGGUCAUUCAGGCCAUCAGGGAAUUCGCUGUGACUGCCACACCUGAUCAAUACUCUUUGUGUGAGGUCUCUGUUACUCCAGAGGGAGUAAUUAAACAAAGAAGACUGCCAGAUCAGCUUUCCAAACUGGCCGAUCGAAUACAACUGAGUGGAAGGUAUUAUCUGAAAAACAACAUGGAGACAGAAACACUUUGUUCAGAUGAAGACGCUCAAGAGUUGUUGCGAGAGAGUCAGAUUUCCCUCUUACAGCUCAGCACUGUUGAAGUUGCUACACAGCUUUCUAUGAGAAAUUUUGAACUUUUUCGUAACAUUGAACCCACAGAAUACAUUGAUGAUUUGUUUAAGCUCAAAUCAAAGACGAGCUGUGUAAACCUGAAAAAAUUUGAGGAAGUUAUUAACCAGGAAACAUUUUGGGUGGCAUCUGAAAUCCUGCGAGAGACUAACCAACUAAAGAGGAUGAAGACGAUUAAACAUUUCAUCAAGAUAGCAUUACACUGUAGGGAAUGCAAGAAUUUUAACUCAAUGUUUGCAAUCAUCAGUGGGCUGAACCUGGCACCAGUAGCAAGACUUCGGACUACUUGGGAAAAACUUCCUAGCAAAUAUGAAAAGUUAUUUCAGGAUCUCCAGGACCUAUUUGAUCCCUCUAGAAACAUGGCAAAAUAUCGCAAUGUCCUAAACAGCCAAAACCUGCAGCCUCCCAUAAUCCCUCUAUUCCCUGUAAUCAAGAAAGAUCUCACAUUCCUUCAUGAAGGAAAUGAUUCAAAAGUGGAUGGCUUAGUUAAUUUUGAAAAGCUGAGAAUGAUUGCAAAAGAAAUUCGCCACGUUGGUCGAAUGGCUUCAGUUAACAUGGAUCCAGCUCUAAUGUUUAGAACUAGAUCUCUCAGUCAAGGUAGUACAAAUGCAGCAGUUCUCGAUGUUGCACAGACUGGCGGACACAAAAAGCGUGUACGCCGAAGUUCCUUCCUCAAUGCCAAAAAACUCUACGAGGAUGCCCAAAUGGCUCGCAAGGUGAAACAGUACCUGUCCAACUUGGAUCUAGAAAUGGAUGAGGAGAGUCUUCAGACAUUGUCAUUGCAGUGUGAGCCAGCAACCAAUACCUUGCCUAAGAAUCCUGGAGACAAAAAGUCUGGCAAACCUGACACAUCGCCAGUGGCUUCAAGGGCAGGAACACAGCAGAAGGUACAAGCACAGCCACCAGUACAGCAGCAGCCGCCGCCGCCGCCACAUAAAAUAAACCCAGGACUGCAGGUUCCUGCUGUUUCUCUCUAUCCAUCACGAAAAAAAGUACCUGUAAAGGACCUCCCCCCAUUUGGUAUCAACUCUCCACAAGCUUUAAAGAAAAUUCUUUCUUUAUCAGAAGAAGGAAGUUUGGAACGUCACAAGAAACAAGCAGAUGAUACGAUAUCAAAUGCAUCUUCACAACUCUCUUCUCCUCCAACAUCUCCACAAAGCUCUCCGAGGAAAGGUGGCAGUGGCAAUCAGCUGAGAUCUUAUGGCUCCAGACAGUCGGACCUAACCAGUUCCUCCUCUUCUCUUGGAAGUGAGAACAGUAACAAGAAUAACAAUGCACCACGGACCUAUGGGAUAGGUUAUACUUUGGCUCCAAGUGGCACUGUGGAUAAUUUUUCAGAUUCUGGUCACAGUGAAAUCUCUUCCCGAUCUAGUAUUGUCAGCAAUUCUUCCUUUGACUCAAUGCCAGUGUCACUGCAUGAUGAGAGGAGACAGCGGCAUUCUGUUAGCAUUGUGGAAACUAAUCUAGGUAUGGGCAGAAUGGAGAGGCGAACUCUGCUUGAUCCAGAUCAAUAUAGCUUAGGGUCCUAUGCACCAGUGUCAGAGACUCGAGGUUUAUAUGCUGGGGCUACAGUGAUUUCUUCCCCAAGUACUGAAGAACUUUCACAGGACCAGGGGGACAGAGCUUCACUGGAUGCAGCAGACAGUGGCCGUGGAAGCUGGACUUCUUGCUCAAGUGGUUCCCAUGAUAAUAUACAAACUAUACCGCACCAGAGAAGCUGGGAGACGCUUCCUUUUGGGCAUGCUCAUUUUGAUAAUGCAGGGGAUGGUGCAGCCUUGUGGGCCUCCAGCAGCCCUAUGGACCCAGUCAUGUUUCCUGAUCAUAGCACAAAGUACAACAGACAGAAUCAAAGUCGAGAGAGUCUUGACCAAGCCCAGUCAAGGGCAAGCUGGGCAUCCUCAACUGGAUACUGGGGAGAAGACUCGGAGGGUGACACAGGCACCAUCAAACGAAGGGGUGGGAAAGAUGUUUCUAUUGAAGCGGAGACAAGUAGCAUAACAUCUGUCACUACAGAAGAGACAAAACCUGUUCCUAUGCCUGCUCACAUAUCUGUGACAUCAAGUACUGCUGCAAAGGGUCUUAUUGCACGAAAGGAAGGCAGGUAUCGAGAGCCACCACCGACCCCUCCAGGCUAUGUAGGAAUCCCCAUCACUGAUUUCCCAGAAGGACAUUCACAUCCAGCCAGCAGGAAACCUCCAGACUACAAUGUCGCACUCCAGAGGUCUCGAAUGGUGGCCCGGACGUGUGAUACACCUGGGCCCUCCACAUUACAGCAACCGCACAGUCAUCCAACAAACCGGCCUGUGAACAAACCUCAGUGGCAUAAACCAAAUGAGUCAGACCCACGCCUGGCUUCCUAUCAGCCUCAAGGGUUUUCCACAGAGGAGGAUGAAGAUGAGCAAGUCUCUGCUGUCUGAGAAUUGGGGCUUUCCUGGAUCCAGAGUGAGCCACCUAAAAAAGGAGAGCACAAGAAGAUGUCCCUAGUGUAGGAGCCUUGGAACUCCAAUCCAAAGGAUGGUGGACCGAUUUGCCUCCUUCCCUGCCUUAAAGCAGCAUGGGGCUUCUUCUCUCCCUUCUUCCCCAUCCCUCUUGCAUGUGAAAUACUGUGAAGAAAUUGCCCUGGCACUUUUCAAACUGUGUUGCUUCAAAUGCCCAGUGCAGCCUUCUCCAAGCCUCCCACCAUCACUGUCUACCACCUCAUGCGAUACCAUUCCAAAUUCCAAGAUCUUCACGGAAUCCAGGUGAUUCACUCGGGCUGCACUUCUUGAUGCCCAGAAGGGGUGUUUUGUUUUGUUUUGUUUUUAAACCUUCCUUUGAGAUUUUAAUCAAAAUCCUAGCACUUGGUCUCAUUGGGGGUAAUGAGAUAAGCCAGCCAUUGAAACGAUUUGGGGCCUUUAACCUACCAAGGAAGAAAAGCAAAAACAUGAUGAAAUACUCUUAAGUUCAGUGCUCGUUUGCUUGUUUACAAUGCCUAUUUUUGUUAUGGUUUCUAAACAUUGUGUUGCGAGAGUAAAUGUUAUUACAUAUGUGUAAGAAUUACAGUAUUAUUUUGUACCUUUUUAAAGUAGAGUUGCCAGCCUGGGUUUUCUAAAACCAAAUAAACCAGACAUGGUGUAGCUAUACAGAGAAGCAUAGGAGACCCAGCUAGGAGAUGCUGUCUCUCUUUGCCCUGGUAACCUGCCCCAGGAAAUGCCCCAUCCUGGACGCAUGAAAUUUUAGCCAGUCAUUAAAUUACCAAGAUUCCUCCCCACCCCUCACUCUCUUCCCCCAUGGGCAGGGCCUUUAUGCAGUAAGCAUUUGCACGUAUCCAGUAGAGGGAAAUAGGACUUUCUGUGUCCUGUGUCUGAGCCUUGUGGAGCCCAGGAGAACUUUCCUUUACAAGGAAGAUCCUGCUUCAGGAAGAUGGAUGGCAACCCCACCUUUUAAGUUAUAUUUCUUUGACCUUUUUGUUGUUGUUGUUGUUGUUGUUGUUUUUGUUAAUUUAGAGAUUUAGUUAUUUUCAGAAAAAAGUGAUAACUGGAUAAUGUUGCAGUAAAAGCAGCUUGGGAUGUCAUGGCUUGAUGCCAGCUGUUUGAACUGCUUUCUGAGUCAGUCUCCCUCUUUUGGCUUGGUAUUAAGGAAUCAACAAGCCUAUUAAGUGAUCAAAGAUAAACAACCUGGUUAGAUAUGCCUGCCUUUGCAAUACAGACUCCUCACUGAAAGAUGAGACUGUUCAGUGGCUUUAGAAACACUGCAUGUGUAGAGAAAGGCCUCCGUGUAGCAACCACCUGCUCACAGCUGCUAUUAACCCCAUGACUGAAAUGACCCCUCCACUCUAUUUUUGUGUUGUUUUUGCACAGACUCCGGAAAAAAGUGAAGGCUGCCAAUCCGAGUAGUACUCAAAUGUGAGGAACUGCUGGUCUUGGAUUUUUUUUUUCCAUUAAACUCAGCUGAUCAUAUUGAUCAGUAGAUAAAACGUAAAUAGCUUCAACUUUUAAAGUCAAAUUGCAGUGAUUUUUCACUGUAUGAAACAAUGUCAGUGCUUUAUUUAAUAAUCCUCUCCUGUAAUCAUGGCUUUUGUCUACUUGCUUAUAUAUCAUAUUGUCAAUUAUGCAUUUGUAAUUUUACAUAUAAUAUGCAUUCUUUGCCGGUUUUAUUAUAUAGGCUAUGGACCUCAUGUGCAUAUAGGAAGACAGAAAUCUAGCUCUAUCACAAGUUGCACAGAUGUUAUAUAAGCAUUAAGUAAUUGUAGAACCUAGGACGGCUAAAUUCAAGUUCACUCUGUGAUGUCCAGUGCAGAAUGUACAAUUAAUUAACUGGUGAUUUCCUCAUACUUUUGAUACUACUUGUACCUGUAUGUCUUUUAGAAAGACAUUGGUGGAGUCUGUAUCCCUUUUGUAUUUUUAAUACAAUAAUUGUACAUAUUGGUUAUAUUUUUGUUGAAAAUGGUAGAAAUGUACUAUGUUUAUGCUUCUACAUCCAGUUUGUACAAAGCUGGAAAAUAAAUAAAUAUAACAGAAGGCAUUGUCUCUA